GGGAGGCGGGAAUGGCAGGAGGCGCUGCGCGCAGGCGCUGUGCGCGGCUCUGAGGCGCUGUGCGCAAGCGCUGCCCGCGGAUUCCCCCUCCUCCCCCUCAGACUCCCGCUCCCCUCCCACUCGUGCCCGCCUCGCGAGCGGGGCGCGGGGCGGCGCGCGCUAUGGCGGCCCCCAGCCUGCGGCCGCACGUGCACUGGGCACAGCGGCACCGCGAGCUCUACCUGCGCGUGGAGCUGAGCGACGUCCAGAACCCGGACAUCACCAUCACCGACAACGUGCUGCACUUCAGAGCUCAGGGUCAUGGUGCCAAAGGGGACAACAUCUACGAAUUUCAGAUCGAGUUCCUAGAACCAGUUGAGCCCAAACCUGUGUGCAGGGUGACUCAAAGGCAGCUGAACAUCACUGUGCAGAAAAAAGAGAGUAACUGGUGGGAGAGACUCACCAAGCAAGAGAAGCGCCCGCUCUUCCUGGCUCCUGACUUUGACCGCUGGUUGGAUGAAUCGGAUGCUGAAAUGGAACUGAGGGAGAAGGAAGAAGAAAAGAUUAACAAAAUGAAAAUAGAAUCCAGAGUCCCAAAAGACCCUUUCAGACACCUGAAGAAGGGAUACUUAGUCAUGUAUAAUCUUGUACAGUUUUUGGGAUUCUCUUGGAUUUUUGUCAACAUGACAGUACGACUGUUCAUCUUAGGAAAAGAUUCUUUCUAUGAUACAUUUCACACUAUUGGUGACAUGAUGCAUUUCUGUCAGACCCUGGCAAUAAUGGAGAUCAUUAAUUCACUAAUAGGACUCGUCAGAUCACCACUGGCACCUACUGUAAUGCAGGUAUUUGGGAGAAGUUUUAUUUUGUUUGUUAUCCUCGGAAGCUUAGAGGAAAUGCAGAGCAAACCUGUGGUCUUCUUCAUAUUUUAUUUCUGGAGUAUCAUUGAGCUGUUCAGGUAUCCAUAUUACAUGCUUUCAUGUAUUGGGAUUGAAUGGAAACCACUGACCUGGCUCCGUUACACUGCCUGGAUCCCUCUCUACCCCUUAGGAGGCUUGGCAGAAGCUGUCUGCAUCGUUCAGUCCAUUCCAAUCUUCAAUGAAACAGGGAAAUACAGUCUGGCAUUGCCAAACCCACUGAACAUCACAAUCCAGUUUUCAUUUUUGCUUCAAAUAUGCCUUAUAGCCUUGUUUUUAGGGGUGUUUUUAAACUACCGCCAUCUCUACAAGCAAAGGAAACACCACCUUGGACCAAAGAAGAGAAAGAUGAAGUAAAGGAGGACUGCAAACCUUUCUUGCCUAACUUAUCUAAAUGGCGAGAUAAGCCUCUAAUUCUUAAGGUUUUACCCACUGUAAUGUAAAGAUUUUUUGUAAAAUUCAAAUGAUCACAUUAGAUUUCAUGAUUUCCUUGUGAAUUCAGGUAACAUUCCCAUAUAUCAGAUUUUGUUCCCUUUCAGCCACCUCUGCAUGACAUUUACCAGUGAACAGCAAACAUUUGAACUUGUAUCCUGUCAACUACCAUAUUAGAAAGAAAUCCUAUUAUCUGCAUAUAAUAUGCUUACCAACUGGAGCAGCACUGAAUAGAAAUAGUGUUUAUCUUUUAAUUGGGUAUUUGCUCUUUCAAUAUUGCAUGCAGAUAGGGCUUCUGAGGUGGGGAUAUGCUGUAGCCAGCUGGCAUCUUGGUGACAGGAGGAGCACAGUCUGAGACCACUGUAAACAGCAUUUAGGUGGUAACUGACAGCUCGGGUAACCUUGCUCAGCACAUACCCCCUUCCCCUUUUCUUCUGCAGUGCAGUGAUGCUGCAGAAUUAAAACUGGGAGUGGUUAACCUUGAUUUAAAUGUUCCCAACUUACUCUGUUUCUAGUUUAGCCUCAACAGGCUAGGAGUGCUGUGUGGAGCCUUGCAGUCCUGUAGCAAACACCUCCUUAAACAGUCAUUUGGGAGAGGAAACUGCCACACUGUGACAUGGUGAGAAAUGCUUUCUGGGCUGGUAAUGCAAGCACUACAAGGAAACAUAGGUACCAGCUUUCUCUUAGCACAAACCCCAACAGAACUUCAUCCCACCAAAGCAAAGGGAAAAACAAGGAGCUGUCAAGGGAGACCAGGGCUCCUUUGACCAUUCCUGGCAGGCCAGUAGCUCUUGUUUUUAUUUACAGCCUUUGGAAAGACAGUAGAAAUUAUUUUCCUAUUUAAACUUAGGGGUGCAGUGAAAUGGGUCUGUAUGCUUUGUUGGCUGGCCCUUGGUGGGAUGCAGUAGUGGGUCAAAUAAACUAUUAUUUUGAUAGCAUCUAUCAGAGCUCAGUGAGAUCCCACACAGGGUUUGAAGGGACCCUUUCCUCUGUGCUUGCUUUAAACAACAACAAAGCUCCCCCUCAUUCUAAGCCAUCUGCUCUCACCUUUGUUUCAGCUGCAUUUAUUUCAGCAUGUCCUACACACUAAGCCUCCCAUACUUAAUUCCAGAUUUCUCUGGCCUCCUUAAGCCAGUUUAGACAAAUUUUGGAAAAAGUUUGCUCUAAACUGUGUUGUGGUUAUGACCAGGUUGCUUCACCAAAACUGCUUUUCCCAGGGCAAUGCACAGCAAUGCCAGCAACUCACACCAGGCACUCAAGUUGAGAUUAGCUUAGUGCCAUGUUACUAUUUUUCUUUUUCUACUGUAAAACACUGAAUACUCCAGAAAAUUAUUUUCUCUAUCACAAACAGUAAACUGUUUAUUACCUUUAAUAUAGACCCAGUGAUUGUUACUGUAAAGGAUUGUUACUCUAGUAAGAGGACUUGAACAAAGAACAGGUGCAGGCUCCAAACUGCAUUUCACAAAUGUGUUCUGUCAACACGAGGAAUGAUGCAACUGCUCUUUAGGGAUACUUGAGGCUCCCACUCAAAGGAGAGUGCAGAUUACUUAGGAGAGUUGAGUAUUAUUUACAAACUUAGUAUUUCACCAUAACACACACUGUACCUAUGGUUGAAGUAUGGCAAAGGAUUGAAUUAGCUGAGCAAUGGAACAGCAAGGAUCACUUUCAUACUUUUAAUUUCUCCACUGGGCAUUUAAACUUCUGUUAUGAAAUCCAUAUGUAUUCAUACAUUGUAUUUCUCAGUGAAAUUGUGGUACCUAGUGCAAGCUGUCAUGGAUCUUACACUACUGAAUUUUAGUCCUGCAGAAUGAAUGUGUUUCUAUUAAUAAAGAUUUACAACCAAA